CAAUUUUAACCGACAUAUUUAAAGGGCUCUUAUACACUGUUGCUCUUUGUUUGACAUAUUUAAAAUACCAUCAGCUGAUUUUUGUUUUGAUUAUUUGGCUUUUGCUGCAUGCUUGUGAUACUUGUGUGUAUUUUCUGAUAUAUAUGCCACAGGACAUAAGGUUUAUAGGUUAAUGCCAUCAGCUGAUCUCUGAUAUUUAGUCCAGACAAUGAAGUUAUAAUGCUUCCUAUUGGAUUUUCUGUGUCCUGAAACCUGUUAAAAUCAAUGUUUCUAUUGUAAGAGGGUGAUUCGAUUUCCAUUGAUUCAACAUCAGUGGGCUAUAAUCACAUGGUAGUCACAUGACUUCGUCUGACAUCUGCAGGCUGGAAAAUGCAUCAGCUGUGAAUCACAUGACUUCUUUAUGAGAGGGAAAAGAUCAGGGAGCAUAUGCAGUCUAGCCGAAUCAUUAUCACAUGAGAUAAUCCACUUGAAAGUGCCAUCCUCCUCCAGGUCAUGCGGGUCGCCAGCGAGGGUGAUAAGUAUUCCGUGACCCUCCGCAGCCAUUCCGCACCUUCCUCAUCAGCUGACAAGAACGGAUCUCUCUACUCCCAGUAAAGAACUAAUUACUGAUACAACUCGCUUUUAUGAGAGAGCAUCUUACUGAAGCAGAUUGUGCAUUAAAAUGGACACUUAACUCUCUCUCGACAGCAGUGGAUACUUGUUUGGAGUUUUGAUAGGUUGGACUUGAUAUUUUGAUAUUUAUUUUUUUUCGAGAUAAGAGAUAAACAUUCCACCCCUGCAGACUACAUGGAAAGUCACUUGUGGCAUCUUUUCCUCGGAGAUACUCACUCUCGAUUGUCCAAUCAAACUUUGGGAAAUUUUUUAGAGCCUUCCAGUGAUUAUUUUCAAAGAGCCGGUGGUUAAAGUAUUCCAUUUCCAGUAUUCCUACCAAAAAAUACCAAACUCAGGGACCCAGUUAUAGCAUCGCUGUGAAAUCCAAAGUGGCAGUUUUUACUAAACUGUUCAGUAAUUGUGAUAUUUUCAGACUUUAUUGAUUUUUUCAAUAUUUUUCGGGAUCUCAUAAUUUUUCAUUUAUCACAACUUUGACAUCACGAGCAGAGAUGGGUAAAGGCAGAGGAAAAGGAAAACAUGGCGUGGGAACAGACAUGCCUACUCCACCGGACGGGGGGUGGGGCUGGUUUGUAGUUCUAGGAUCUUUUCUCCUUCAUGUGGUGGCUGAUGGAAUUGUGUAUUCUUUCGGAGUCUUCUACAUGGAAUUCCUGGAGUAUUUCAAGGGAGGACGAGGGGAGACAGCGUGGGUCGGGUCUCUUGUUCCAGGGGUCACCCUCCUCGUUGGGCCAAUAGCCAGUGCCUUGACCAACAGAUAUGGAUGCCGAGCAGUGACCAUUGUAGGGGCUAUCGUGGCUGCGACCGGUUUCAUCCUCAGUCUCUUCGCUCCCAACAUUUACUAUCUCUUCUUCAGUUUUGGGGUUCUCUCAGGUCUUGGGUUUGGAUUGAUGUACCUUCCUGCCAUUGUGAGUGUCAGCCAUUAUUUUGAGAAGAAGCGAUCCUUUGCCACAGGCAUUGCAGUCUGUGGGUCAGGCCUGGGGACAUUUAUUUUUGCCCCAGUUUCCAAACUUCUGGUGGAUGAAUACACAUGGAAGGGGGCAGUUUUAAUAGAAGCUGGAAUUAUCCUCAACUGUAUUCUCUGUGGGGCAUUGUUUAGGCCUUUGGUUGUAAGCCAUAAUGAUGCAGAUAAUAACUAUGAUGCAGAAAAAGGAAAACUAGAGGAGAAGGAAAAACUCAUGAACAAGACAACAGAAUCUAAUGGUGUUCAACAUAUGAACCAGGAGGAUCUUCCAGAUAUUCAAAAGACAGGAACAAAAGACACACUGGCCAUUCCAAGUAAAAAUGUAAAUAGUCUCAAUGUAGAAAAUGACAGUACAAAACUCUUCAGAAGUGAAGGAGCCAUCAAUAGAAUCACAACCAAUUCAUUAGCAGCCUCCACAUCCAAACACUCCAUCAAUCAACAGCACUCUGGUCCCAUGUACAGGAAGGACAUCUUCUAUAGUGGAAGCCUGGUCAAUAUUCCCCAGUAUCGCUCCAAUCCCGAUUUAUACGUCACGAGUAUUACCUCUCUUCCCGACGUGAUCCCGGACGAUCACGACUGGUGCCUGUUCCGUUUUCUGGGUCUCUCCCCCGAAAUGAGGGACGCCAUCCGACAGAUGCUAGAUUUCUCACUUUUAAAAGACGUCAUUUUCUUACUCUUCACCAUCUCUAACAUUUGUACAAGUAUUGGUUUCAACAUGCCUUAUAUUUACCUCCCGGAUCGUGCUCACGAGAAGGGGAUCAGUAAAACGGAUGCCACAUUCCUCGUGUCUGUGAUAGGGAUUGCGAACACCAUCGGUCGAGUGGUGUUUGGAUGGAUGGCGGACAAACCCUGGGUAAAUCGACUGAUGCUCUACAACACCGCCUUGUUCAUCUGUGGGGUGGCUACUGCCCUCUCCCCCCUUAAUGACAGUUAUCCUUUCCUGGUGUGCUAUGCUGCAAUCUUUGGUGCAUUUAUAGGUGUGUAUGUUGGUUUGACUUCAGUCGUCCUGGUUGACCUUUUAGGACUUGCCAAACUGACCAAUGCUUUUGGACUUCUGUUGAUGUUUCAAGGUUUAGCAACACUCAUUGGGCCUCCAAUUGCUGGUUGGCUGUAUGAUGAGACAAAAAGUUAUGACGUGUCUUUCUAUGUGGCGGGGACGGUGGUAGCCGUUAGUGGCGCCAUGCUGUACAGCAUUCCGUUCGUACAGAAAUGUCUGGGCCACAGACCGCCACAAGACUUAGUAGAAAUAUCUGUCGCCGAGCAGGAGGAUGAGAUGAAAACUAUGGCUGCCUAAUCAAAGGAAUUAAAUGGCUUUCAGAAAGAGAUUACAGAUGACAGAUAUUGAAGAUUGAAGAGAUUGCACAAUGAAAGAAGCAUCGGCAUCAGUUGAUUCGUCCCCAAGAAGCUAAUGUAGCACAAAAGUGAUCUAAAAAUGUCUCUGUGUUCAUGUCCUAAAGAUGAAGGAUUAGUCUAAGAUUUCUUUUGAAUGUUCCAAUUUGUCUGCUUAGCUAUCAGUAUGAGGACUCAAAAAUGUCUUAACUUUCUAAUAACUUGCUUUUGGUACAGGCAUUCCAUUAUACAAUAAUAAAUGUAGUUAACCAAAGCACAUGUACUUUAACAAUUAUGCUUAAGCUCCUAAUUUUUAAAGAUUAUUUCUAAUAUUGAUUUUUCUCUUUACCAAGAAACUUUUUGCAAGAAAAUGUGAGACAGUGCCUUCAGAAAUUUGAAUUGUGCGUAAAGGGAGGUAACUUAUGACAGAUAAACGAAUGCCAGCUGUGUAAAUCUUUGAAUUAUAUGCCAUUACAUAUCUUAUUCUACGUAAAAAAGCUUGAUUUCAAGUUAUGAUAACUUACUAGUACAUAAUAUAUAUAGCUACAUUGUUUAUGUGAAUGUUUACUUCAAUUUAUACUACAAUAUUGAUUUGUUAAUUAUUUUCUUGUUUAAACAUAUUUUUUUCAUUCUACAAAUUGUAUUUUUACCACUGUAUAUUGUUUUAUGUAGCAUCUUUUAAUCAUGUUUUAAGAGAAAUGAAAAUUGUACAACAAAUUGAAUAGCUUGAUUUUAUGAUCAACAAAAAUUCCCCUUUUUAUACCAUGACUAAUAUUUUUUUAUGAAUUAAUUAGGUAAAAUAAUUGAAAUCUGUUGACAAUUUUAAUCUUUUAAUAUACAUUUGCUCAUGUUUCCAAACAAAUUUACUUAUACAUGUAAUACUUUUCUUUUUUUCUAAAUUAAUUUUUAAUAAAAAUACACCAAAGUUUUGAUGAAGAAUUGAUCACAUAUUCAUAUUUUUUAUGUGCAACUGUGAACCCAGUGUUUUGACAGAGGCAUUACAUUGAAGUGUGAAGACAUACACUAUUAAUGCGUGCAAUAUAUCCAUUAGAAUUUAUACCUAGUCAGAAGGAAUAAAAGCAAUAAAUAAAAUG